AUCACUUUUUAAGAAAAAAAUGGUUGUAAGAAGAAUCAUUUGAAUGAGGAAUUGGUUGGAAGAAGAAUCAUUUGUCAUUUGAAUGGCUUUCAGGAAAUAAUUAAGCCAAAAAGAAGUAUUUUCCAGCAUUUACUUCAUCCAUUAAAAGAGCCCAGUGUGUGGACCAGCUCCUAAUAGUUGUAGUAAACACAGUAAAGACAGAAAAAUGAAUCAAAGGUUCAAGUCAGAGAUCAGUGGGCGAUUAUUCCUCAUACACUCCCCCUCCCGGCCAAACCUGAGCUCUUCAUGAGUGUUUAGAGAGAGAGAGAGACCUACAUACCACCCUCUUUCCAAUGAAGGUGUCUGCCUGUGCAUUUCUUGGAGUGUGUGUGUGGUUUGUCAGUCUAGUAUACACUUUGGCACUCAUGGGCAGCAGACACACACACACACACACACACACACACACACUCAGAGACAAGCAUGCAGUGCACACUAAUUUUCUCUUCUGUAACGCCUGCUGUCUAUACCAGUUUGCAGUGAACAGCAAAGGGGACUUACACGACCCACUGGUGCAAUAAAUCUAACGCCCAUCGCUCUCUCUCUCUGUCUUCAUUCCUUCACACCCUCCAGAAGGAGACAUAGGAAGAGUUUGUCUUCUGGACCAGUGGAGUUUGGACAUAUUAACAUGCUUCAGCUGAUGUUCUUGGUUUAAUGGCUCUUCUUCAUGGCAGUAACAUGCACUGAUCUGAUCGACUCAGCAGUGGCUUUACAUUUGUCCAGCAGUAUGUUGAGGCACUGGGGGUUUGCUGUGUUCCUGUUGACCAUCCCAAUCCCAGUCCAACCCAGACCCACUAAUGUUCUCAGCAACAGACAACGGCGUUCGGUCAGUCACGCACAGAUGAUGCAUGACAGGAGUCGAUCCCUGCAUGACCGGAAGAGACGUAUGUGGAUCCAGGAGCUGCUUGAGCAGGUGCACACAGCUCAUGCAUGGGAGGGAAGCGUCCAGACCCCGCUGUGGUCCACCGCACACCGCCCCAAACCCAUCAGCAGCACCAAACACUUCCCCUUGAGCUUUCACAUGGAGACUGUAGGGACAAGAGACAACCUCCCACAAGAGACCAGCAAGAGCCUGAGAUAUGAGGAGCAGAAGAGGAAGAGGAAGAUGAGUUUGGGAAGAUGGAGAGACCUGGAUAGGAGGAGAGACAGGGGCGUGUGGCUCCCGUAUCCUAAUACUGAUUAGAAGCCUGUAGAAGAGCCUGGAUGAGAAUGAAGGGCGUUCACACUGACUGUGAUUCGGAGCAACAGAACUGACUCAAUCUGACAAAACACAGCAGGCUUUAUGCAAAUGAACAGUGACAGAAUGUGGUCACAUGAUUCGCUCUCUGAUUAAGUAAUAGUUGACCUCCAGUGAUUAAACUGUUGUCGGUGAACACACCUUUAAAAAGUAGACUAUUUCAGCUCGGCGUGGGAUAUGAGGAGGACUCUGCAAAAAAAAAAAAAAAAAAAAGUGACUAAAUCAUGAAAUGUAUUUUUUUAAUCAAUUCUAUAUCUAACAGCUUCAUCUGAUAAGUAGAAAGCGCUUCAUAUUCAAACCAGUUUGCAUUUGUUAUAAUCAGAGUUCCCUGUUUUAAAUGCAUUCAUUCAGUCAGACAUUUCACCUAAUAUUUAAUUUAUUUGAUUGGAAUAUUUAUUCCCUGAAUGUAUUUCAGUGCUGCUGAUUUUGAUGAGAUUUUCAAAUGCACUUUAGAUAGUUCUGCUGAUCUGCAUUCAGAUUUUGGGUAUUUUUUUAAAUGUAAUAUCCUGCUUUUCUUUUAUUUUCGCUAAUGUUCUGCUAUGUUAAAAAAUUAUAAUUGAUGAAUUAUACAUAAUAAAGCUAUUAAAAAUAUAUUUUAAAUGUAUUCUCAUGCAUGAUUUGUUUUUAGUAUUAUCGUUUGUCAACAAAGCAUCACUUUU